AUGCUGCUCCAACUAACGCCCCGACGUCAUGAGCUCAUCUCGGUGUUCAUGAUGUCAAUUGGUACCACUUUUAUGUUUUUGGGGUACGAUGUGCAGUCCAUGAUGGCAGAGAGUGUGCUCCAUUCAGUCAGUACAAAGAAUCCGGAUAGGAUUAGUGAGUAUGCAGGAUAUUAUGGACAAGCCAUCCAAUACAUCUCGUUCGCCUUCUUCUCCCUAUUCACCGCCACCAUUCAAUACUACAUUUCAUCAAAAUCCAUGCUUGUCUUGUCAUCGAUACUCUUCACAACAUGCUAUAUCGCAUAUAUUCAUGUCAACUCUUACAUUUUCUACUCGUCACAGCUGCUACUGGGAUUUGCCUAUGCAAUGUACAACAGCGCUGAGGGAACCUAUCUCUCCGAGCACUCCUCCCGCCGAACCAUCGACUCCAACUCGGCUCUCGAAACCGGUCUAGGGCAUACCAGUCUAUUCUUCGGAGGAGUCACAAUGCUAUUCGUUUUCCAUUUCGUGCCACACACCUUCGAUGGACACUUUUUGAAUUUCGAUGAACAUGUUGUGCAAGUCAUCUACUUUUCAUUGAUGACACUGACGAUUGUGUCAGUGGUCUUGUUCACGUUUUUGCCAACGAAGCAGUUUGAUUCAAUUGCAUUGAACACACCGAGAGUUACUCCAUCAUUGCUGUCUCAAUUCAAACGAUUCGGCGAGUCCUUCACCCAUCUCAACACUUCUCUCCUAAUCUUCACCUAUGUCUACAUGGGAUGUAUGGUCUCCUUCAUGUACGGUAUCUAUCCAACUUCCCUCUCGUUCACAUCUGAAACCGCAUCGGACGUCUACAUCAUCGCCUUGUACCUGUUGUCUUCUGGAGCCGCCGCGUUUUUGAGCGCCAUGUUCAUCCGACCAAUGAUCAAAAGGCUUCACAAAUACAAACUGAUCGUUCCGAUGGCAAUCCACUGUAUUUCGAUGGCAAUUGUGAUGAUUUUAGUGUACUGUUCGGUGCCGAAUGAGGCGACACAGAAGCCGACGAGCAAUAUGAAUGUGUUGAUUACACCAAGCCGCUAUCUCUCCAUUGUCAUCGGAUUCCUACUGGGCUUCGCAGAUUUCACUAUCACUAUGACAAGAUCUGUCAUUUGUCAAAUUGCUGUACCAGAGUAUAGAGCAGAGAUGUUCAGUUUGACGAGGAUUUAUCAGUGCGUCGCCUCGUGCGUGAUCCUCUUCAUCUCCCCAUACCUCACUGUCACCAGCUGGAUCCUUAUCCUCAUCACAUUCCUUCUCGCUGGAAUCGCCGCAAUGUUUGCAGUACUAUGCAGGACUCAUAACAAUACAGUAGCCGCUCCGAUUGAGCCAUUGGAAGAGGAGAAGGAUGAGAAGUUCACUGAAGAGAAGGCCUAA